GCUCAGUUGUCCUCACUUGGACCCACAACGAAAGAUCGCCUCCAAUUCCAGUUGGACUGAAGGAAGGUGAAGAGUACUUUUUGACUAGAGCUGUUUUGGUUGCAGUCCGCAAGCAACUGAAUUGCUGAGGUCUUGCCUUUGACCAUCCAAGUUCUCCAAUCAAUAAUCCGACCAAAGCAAAACCGGUGUAGGGAGAGGGACCUAAAUAAUGGCGCCAUCAUGGCCCGUAUGCGUCCUGGCAACGCUAGCACUCUGCUCACUGGUAUCAGCAACAGGGAAUGUAACGCAGCCGCAGCCUAGUGGCACAAAUAUUGGCCAUGUUAUCAUUGACCCGGCAGAUCAGCCCGCAUGUCCGACAGGCUGCAAGGGAGAGACGGGACCCGAGGGACCUGACGGCAGAGUUGGAAGACCUGGUCCGCGUGGUUCUCCUGGUAUGCCCGGUGUACCUGGAUACGACGGCUGGUCAACAUGGGCCGGAUGGAAAGAGAAUUACAGAGUCCAAGCAGUGAAGGGUGGCCGCGGUCCAGAAGGCAAAGUCGGUCCUCCCGGUGUUCCUGGCAAAGACGGCAUGAACGGUGCACAGGGUCCUCCUGGCCCAGCUGGACCUAUGGGACAAGACGGAAUGUCUGGACCUCGAGGUCUGCCUGGCUCACCUGGUGAAUCUGGUAUUCCUGGUCCUGAUGGUCCCCGUGGUCCUCGUGGAGCUGAAGGUGCUAUUGGUGUGGUCGGUAUUCCUGGAGCAAAAGGAGGAGCUGGAGCAGCUGGUGAUGCCGGUGUUCCUGGAGCUCCGGGAGUGAAGGGCGAGGCUGGCAUUCGCGGUGACCGUGGUGAGCGUGGAUCGAAGGGUAGCACUGGAGAACGCGGUCCUCAAGGUUACGCUGGUCCAAAGGGCUUCAAGGGCUCAACUGGUGCAACCGGUCUCGUCGGCGAACAAGGUGCCAAGGGUGCACGUGGUGAUGUUGGUCCUCAGGGCGGCGAUGGCGACAAAGGCAUGACCGGAGAUAUGGGUCCAGUUGGUCUGGAUGGAGCCGAAGGUGCCAAGGGCGAGCAAGGUCCUUACAUCGAGAAGGUCAGAAUCACUGAAACCGACAGCUGUGCCGCCGGUAACAAUGGCAAAGUCAAGUUUGAUCCAUUCCUACGAAAACUCUACUUCUGUGAUGGUAACGACUGGCUGUGCGUGAAAUCUCAAGUUUGCGAUGAGCCUUGCCGUGCUUCCGACUGGGGUGAGUUCACCGCUUGUUCCGCCACUUGCGGCUCGGGUACCCGCACUCGCUACCGCUACAUCACCAACAGAGCUGGACCGAACAACAAUGACGGCUGCCCUCCUCUCACCGACACACAGGCUUGCCCUCAGCUCCCUGCCUGCUCUUGCCCCGAUCCAGGAUUCCCCGACAAUGGCUUCCGUCUUGGCGAGGACUUCUCGCUGCUGUCCACUGUCCAGUGGCAGUGUGACUCCGGCUACAUCGUCGAUGGUCCCACCGAGAGUGUGUGCCUCAUCAACCCUGACAACAGAAUGCCUGAGUUCUCCACUCGCCCCGUGUGCAGACCAAUCGACUGCCCGCGUCUGAACAACCCAAUGCACGGCACAGUCAGUCAGUCCAGCCCGGCUGUCUACAACUCAUUGGCCACAUUCACCUGUGAUCCUGGCUACCAGGUGUCCAACUCCACUGCAUUGCGCUGCACCGUGUCUGGUCUCUGGAGCUGGUCACCGCCUGUUUGCCAGCCCGUGACUUGCCCUGACCCAGGAACGCCUGCGAACGGCGCCCGCGACAACAGCGGCAGUACUUUCGAGUUUGGCACCAGCGUGACCUACUCGUGCAAUGCUGGCUAUGUGCUCGAAGGCACUGAGACCAUUACGUGCUCCGCCAGUGGUGCUUUCUCAGGAGUAGCUCCCACUUGCCGAGCAAUUGACUGCGGCUCUCUGGUCAACCCCGAUAACGGCGCCGUGACCGUCUCAUCCACGACCUACGGCUCUUCGGCUAGCUACAACUGCAACAACGGCUAUUCUCUCUCUGGCGAUGUCUAUCGCGUGUGCCAGGCGAACGGCCAGUGGAGCGGAAGUGCACCAGCCUGUCAAUUGAUCGACUGUGGUGACCUUACAUCUCCUGUGAAUGGCCGAGUGACGCUGAACGGGGGCACUGGGCUGGGCGGCGUUGGAACAUACCAAUGCAGUCCCGGUUACCUUCUCAACGGGCAUGAAACUCGCGAGUGCCAGCGCAACAGCCGCUGGUCUGGUGUCCCACCAACUUGCAUCAUUGUCACUUGCCCUGACCCUGGUCUGCCACUGAACGGUGGCCGUACCGGAGAUGACCUGACUCUUGGUGGUAUGCUGGAGUACACCUGUGAACCUGGUCAUGUCAUGAGCGGCUCUGCUAGGCGAGAAUGCUCGACGAGUGGCACAUUCACCGGAACUCAACCAACCUGCGCCCCUGUUCAAUGCCCGGACUUGUUUAGCCCACUGAACGGCGCCGUCUUCCAGCCAAGCCGAGUCCUGAACAGCAAUGCGUACUAUUCCUGCGAGACAGGCCAUACCCUGGCCGGCACAUAUGUACGGCGUUGUAUGUCCAGCGGUGCAUGGAACGGAUCCGACCCCGUGUGUACAUUGAACACUUGUCCGCAGCCCAUCUCACCGGAGAAGGGCUCGUAUGCUGUAGCAUCGGCCGGCAGUCUGGACCUUGCGGAUGCGUACAAGUCGGUUGUUGACUUCAAGUGCGAUGACGGCUACUGGUUGAGAGGAUCACCGCAACGAACGUGCAUGGCCUGUGGAUCUUGGUCAGGCUCUCAGCCAGUCUGCGAGCCAGUGGCUUGCGACUCACCAGAAACGCCCAAGAACGGUGACCGUGCCAGCGCAAACUUGACAUUCGAGUCGCUGGUCACCUAUUCCUGUAACUCUGGAUUCUCUCUGAACGGAGGUUCUAGCCGUGUGUGCGGCGCUAAUGGAAAAUGGACCACUCCAGCUCCUUCUUGUGAACCGGUGGCCUGUCCCCAACUCGCAUCACCCGCCAAUGGUUACAUGAACGGCGAGGGACUGGAGUUCCUGGCCGAGGUUGAGUUUGGUUGUGACAACGGCUAUGUUCUUCUCGGCAGCGAGAGGCGCCUGUGCCAAGCCAACUCCGAAUGGUCUGGAACUCAGGCAGUGUGCCGAUUGAUUGACUGUGGAGAUCCAGGACAGGUCGAUCAAGCUACUCGCUCUGGCACGGUCUUCACGUACAACGAGGAAGUGAGCUAUAGCUGCGGACCCGGCUACAUGCUCAGUGGUGGAGCAGUGCGUCGUUGCCAGGAGAAUGGGGACUGGAGUGGUUCACCGCCGUCUUGUGUUGUCAUAACUUGUGGUGACCCUGGCACACCAAGCAAUGGUAUUCGCAAUGGUGAUGUGUUCACAUAUAACGCUGAAGUCAGCUACUCUUGCGUACCUGGAUACAGCUUGGAUGGAACACGCAGCCGCACUUGCCUUGCCACCGGCAUGUGGUCCCGCAGCUUGCCAACAUGCAAUGCAAUUGCAUGCGCCGAUCCAGGUACACCAGCCAAUGGUGGCCGCACCCUGAGCAGUCUUCUGGUGAACUCGCAGGUCACCUACACUUGUAACACCGGAUACAGAAUGGCAGGGGGCUCUCCAUCGCGCACCUGCCAGGUCAACAGCGAAGGCAACGCAGUGUGGACUGGAACAGCACCAGUUUGUCAAAUUGUUGACUGUGGAGCACCGGCAACGCCUGACAAUGCUGUCCUGAACGGAAGAUCGUACACCUACCUCUCGUCCAUCGGUUAUGCAUGCUCCAACAAGGGCUACGUGCUGGAAGGUGACGUCACACGCACCUGCCAAAGCACCGGCAUGUGGACUGGCGAGGAUCCAACCUGUGUUCAGAUUGAUUGCGGUCCACCCGGUUCACCGGCCAAUGGCGAUGCGGCGUACGGUAGCAGUACUUUUGAGAGCGUUGUCAACUGGAUGUGCAAUCCGGGUUACGUGAUGGCUGGUAGCAACGUGGCUACUUGUCAGUUCAAUGGUCAAUGGUCGGCAGUCACACCAACAUGUAUUGUGGUUAGCUGUGGUGACCCAGGCACGCCAGCCAAUGGUAACCUGAUCGGCUUUGACUUUGACUACAGCGAUAGUGUUGGCUAUACGUGCUCCCCGGGCUACCAGAUGGUUGGAUCUGCGUCACGUGUGUGCCAGGCUGACGGAACUUGGUCAGGCCAGACACCGCUCUGUGUUGCUCUGUAUUGCGAGAACCCAGGCAUGCCCGGCAACGGAGACUGGGACAUUCGUUCCGUCAUCAGCGGCGCCUCAGUCAACUACACAUGCGAUGCAGGCUUCCGCUUGCAAGGAACCGACUCUCGCUCCUGCGAAAUCUCACAAGAUGGCCUCUCUGCUAGCUGGACAGGCUCUCUACCCUCUUGUUCAGGUAUUUUUUGUCCCCAGCUUAGCCAGCCUGAGAACGGUGUCAUGCGUCUCAUUCCCAGCAAUGCCUUUGAAUCUGAAGCAAAGUUCAUGUGCAAUCCUGGCUACACAAUUACUGGCAGUACUGCUAGACUGUGCACUGAGGACGGUACCUGGACCGGCACUCAACCAACUUGUCAGGUCGUGGACUGUGGAAGUCUGGAAAGCCCACAGUUUGGCAGUGUGUCAUUGGCAUCAACAGUUUAUGGAUCUACGGCUCGCUACCAGUGCAACACCGGUUACAACUUGGUCGGCCUCAAUGCCCGCGAUUGCCAAGCCAAUGGAUUUUGGCUGGGAGCUGCACCAACCUGUGUUCCGAUAAGCUGUGGGGACCCAGGAGCACCAAUGAACGGCGGAGUAUCGGGAACCUCCUUCAACGUCGGCGCAACGAUUCGCUACGAGUGCGAGAGAGGUUUUGUUCUGGUUGGAGCCAGUUCCGUUACGUGCCAGAGUGAUGGUUCGUGGAGCAGCAGUGUACCGCUGUGCGAAGCACUGGCCUGCCCAGACCCCGGCAUCCCUGUGAACGGCGACCGCGACAUCUCCAGGAACAACAUUGGCUCGUUGGUGACCUACACUUGCAACACGGGCUACAGCAUUACGGGAGCUGUGCGCCGUGAGUGUGUCCUGUCGGCGGAUGCUACCAGUGCCAACUGGGACUCAGCCAUGCCUCAAUGCCAGAUUGUGGACUGUGGAACACUAUCAUCGCCCAACAAUGGUCAAAUGUCCGGCACGGAGACCGUGUACCGAUCUCAAGUACGCUUCACUUGCAGUGACGGAUACAUCCUUACUGGCUCCAUGGUGCGUACCUGUCAAGCAAACGGCCUAUGGUCUGGACAGCAGUCCUCGUGUCAACCUGUGGACUGCGGGGCACCAGAAGAGCCUGCUAACAGUAACGUGGCAUUCCAGUCAAGCAGCUACCAGAGCAUUGCCACGAUCAGCUGUCUGCCCGGCUACGUGCUGAGCGGAACGGGCGAGCGUCGCUGCCAGCAGAACGGUCUCUGGUCCGGUGCCAGUCCUGUGUGCAACUUGGUGACUUGUGGUGAUCCGGGUCAACCGAUCAAUGGAGUGCGCAUUGGCAGCACGUUCACGUACGGCAGUCAAGUGUUGUUUGAGUGUGUGCCCGGAUACAACCUGGUGGGACUGCAGGAGUUGACGUGCGAGCUAUCCGGCCGCUGGUCCGGUUCUCCGCCUACCUGCCGCCUCCUGGACUGCGCCGACCCCGGUUCUCCCAUCAACGGCGAUCGCUACCUGGACCGUACUACUCUGGGCGCUCGUGUCAACUUCACCUGUAACCCUGGCUACUCGCUGCGCGGCAGUGAUCACAGAGAAUGCUUGGCCAAUGACGAUGGAACGUCAGCAAAUUGGAACCAGAACAUACCCAACUGUGUUGAAAUCACUUGCCUGGAUCCGGGCCGUCCCGAGAACGGCGAUCGCGUUGACGGCAACACUGGUCUGAGGUUCGGGUCCGAGGUCAACUAUAUCUGUGAUACGGGAUACGCCCUGGUUGGAGAGAGCCACGCACGCUGUAUGGCUAAUGGUCAGUGGAGCAAUCUGCUGCCAAGCUGUCAAAUUGUGGACUGUGGGGCUCGCGAUGAUCCAGCGUUCUCCACCAGUGUGGUUAGCAGCACGCAGUACGCAGGCUCUGCCGUGUACACGUGUAAUACUGGUUACAUGAUGCUUGGUGCGCGCAUGUCCACCUGUCAGGCCAACGGCCAGUGGUCUACGCUGCCUCCGGUCUGCAUGCUGAUCACGUGCGGAAACCCAGGAGUCCCGGCCAAUGGCGUGCGAAAUGGCGAAGUCUUCAGCUUUGGUGCCACUGUGUCCUUCACGUGCAACUCUGGCUACCGUCUGGUUGGUUCUCAGCAGUCCGACUGCACGUCGGCUGGCUUGUGGAGUAAUCCAGCUCCUCGUUGUGUCUUGUUGUCAUGCCCCGACCCAGAGAGACCAUUGAACGGAGAUCGCGACUUCACGCUUACAUCUAUCGGUGCCAUUGUCGACUACACCUGUAACACUGGAUAUAGCCUGCGCGGUUCCGAGCAGCGAACCUGUCAGCCCAAUGCUGGUGGCCUCACGGCAUCAUGGUCCUCCACUCUGCCCACGUGCGAAGUUGUCGACUGUGGCAAUCCUGGUCCUCUUUCUGGAGGUGUUGUUACCGGCUCUUCCUUCACGUACAACUCUCAGGUGUCAUUCCGAUGCAAUACGGGCUACAACCUUGCCGGCUCAGAGCUGCGCACCUGCCUUGCUAGGGGCACUUGGUCCGGUGUGGCCACCACAUGUGUCUUGAUCGACUGUGGCGAUCCCGGAAACGUUGCCGAUGGCGUACGCACCGGCCAAUCCACCACCUACGCCAGUGCCGUUAGCUUUGUCUGCAACCCUGGCUACACAUUGUUCGGCAGCCAGCGACGCACUUGCCAGGCCAACGCUCUUUGGUCUGGUCAACAGCCAACAUGCCAGAUCGUGGACUGUGGAGAUCCAGGCACACCAAGCAAUGGUGGUAAGACACUGACCACCACCACCUACGGCAGCUCAGCCUCCUUCACCUGCAGCGAAGGUUACGAGCUGGUCGGCUCCUCCAGACGCGAGUGUACGGCCUCCGGACAGUGGAGCGGAACGCAGCCAGUGUGCAAUGCUAUCAUCUGUAGCAACCCUGGAGACAUUGAGAAUGGUGGCCGCGACGGCUCGUCUCUCCUUCUCGGAUCGACUGUGACCUAUUUCUGCAACCCUGGCUACCAACUAGUUGGCAGUCGCCAGCGUACAUGCCAGUCAAAUGGCAGAUUUGAUGGCAACGCUCCCAUCUGCCAGAUCAUCUCCUGUGGAAAUCCGGGCUCGCCUGACAAUGGUGCUCGUCAAGGAAAUGACUUCACGUUCACAAGCCAGGUGUCUUUCACCUGUAACACUGGCUAUGUGCUGUCUGGAUCGCGCAUGAGAGUCUGCCUGGCCGAUGGCACUUGGUCAGGACCACCAGCCGUCUGUACACUGAUUACUUGCCCACCAGUGACAUCUCCGGUCAACGGUGGCGUAUCUGCACCAUCUCUCAACUACUUGGGCGAGGCAUCCUACACGUGCAACCAAGGCUAUGCGUUGGUCGGCGCUAUGACACGUACCUGCCAGGCCAAUGGACAGUGGAGUCUGUCUGCACCUGAAUGUCAAUUGGUGUCAUGCUGUGAGCUGACUGCACCGCUCCAUGGAUCCAUGACUGGCAGCACCUUCACCUACGGAAACAACCUUGGCUUCCAGUGUGAUGAAGGCUACAUCUUGUCUGGCUCCAUUCAGCGCACCUGCCAAGCUGAUGGAACCUGGACAGGCACACCAGCUCAUUGUCGCCGACGUUUCUGCGAAGACCCUGGCACUAUUGAGAAUGGCAUUCGUACCGAGAUCAGCCUUGCAAUUGGAGGCAUUGCCGCUUACCAGUGUAAUGAAGGAUAUCGUCUGUCAGGACAGGCUCGCCUUACUUGCCAGUCGGACGCCACCUGGUCUCACCCUCUGCCAAUGUGUAUUUUGGAUGUGUGCGUUGAUCCUGGUGCACCGGCUAAUGGCAGGCGCAUCGGCGACACAUUCAGCGUAGGCUCGUCAGUCCAGUUUGAGUGUAACGAUGGCUACACGCUGAAUGGUGCAGUGACCUUGAACUGCUUGUCAAGCGCAAGAUGGGACAGAGUCCGGCCUACCUGUGAUCCGAACUGCCAGGUUGGUGAUUGGACUGGUUGGUCGGCUUGUAGCGUGACGUGUUUGGCUGGAAUGCAGACACGUUCUCGUGAAAUCACUCAGGCUUCUGGUGGUAUUGGUACACCGUGCCCCAACCUGAUGGAAACGAUGGCAUGCAGUCUCCGUGAUGACUGUGGGUGUGGUAAUUACGCGCUGGGUAGCAUCCAUUCAUCCAUUCGCCAAGCCCGACAGAAUGUAGCCACUGACAUCAUCAUCGCCGUUGAUGAGUCCUCCUCCAUGGGUAUCUAUCACGCCUGGCUUGCUGGAACCAUUGGACAGCUGGAAGAGUCUCUGGUCAAUGACGGCAUCGGCAGCAGCCCCGAGCUAAGAAACCAGUAUUCUCUGGUUGGUUUCGGCAGAGAUGAAUUAGCAAAUGGUGACAUUUCCGGUGUGCUGCCGCAUGCCUUCAAGAACGCCCAGGGCAGCGCUUGCUUCAACAUUGGUGACUACUAUGCAGCCAACAGUGAGCUGCAAGAAGGUGGUAACAUUGAGGAUGGAUACUUGGCCAUCAAGUACGCGCUGCAAAACCUCACCGAUAACUCUGGUCGCAACUGCCUCCGUCUUGGCCAGCAGAACGUUGCAACAAACCUCAUCUUCAUUACGGACGAAGAGCGCGACAUCUUCUCCCCCCAUGGCUCGGAUCUCACACGCUCGGCCAUCAAGAGGCUUGUCCGCAGAUCUGGUGCCAUUCUGAACGUGGUCGUAGACCAGGAGUUCUUCUGUGACACUGAACGUGCUUUCGGUUUGGACUCUGAACAGAUUGGUUAUGUUGUUAGACAGGGAGGUACGUACUCAAACUGCACAUUGGGCAGGCCAGGAACUGGCUACCUUACCACCAGAAGAGAUUACACUAGCGUUGCACUGGAACUCGGUGGAGCCGCCUGGGACAUCAAGAUCUUGCGAACCGGUGGUCCCGUCGGCACGUCCUUCACCAACGCUUUCCUGAAGGUGAAGACGAAGGAAGUGACACGCCAGAUUGACCAGUGCCGCCGCUGUACGUGCCUGGAUGAUGGCAGGACAUCUAGACUGUCCUGCGCUGUAGCCAAUGACCAGGAAGUCUGCAAACAGGAGGCAGCGGACGGAGUUGUGAGGCAGGGCCGUUGACGACAAUCACCACACAUAGCAAUCCUCAAGCAGAUUUCUACGUAAUGCAGACUGGGUUUGCAUUGCAAUAUGAGUACAGUGCUGCCUGAGAAUCAUUGGCAUUGUACCGGUGGUCAUCAUCAUCAUCAUCAUCGUUAUAGUAUGUGCUACGCUACCAUUGUUGACAUUCAUUCUAGCAUGACAUUGCACUGUGCUGGCCACCCUUUGCCUGCCAUCGGGCUGUACUGUAUUUGCCAACCCUUCUUCCUUGUGUCUUCGACUGCGCACAGUGGUGCUGUGGCAAUGCUCAAUAUAAGAGCCGCUGCUCGGUGCUGGCCUGUAUCAUGACCUACAAAUCAUGUUGCUUUCUCCUUCACGCACUGGCACUAUCCGUUCAAUUUCUCUUACUCCGAGCCCCUAAGGGUACUCUCUUGUCAUUUGUUGUUGCCGACAUCUUCCACAAAUCAGUCUCUAUAUUGAUCAGCUAGUUUCUUUUGAAAUCCCACACUACUGUCAACUGAUCCAAGGCUAUUGGUGAUCCUUGCAAAUGCCGCUAUCAUCUACUAUCUACUGAAAUACUACAAGCUGCAGUAACUA